AUGGCUGGAUCUAGCAUGGGUGAGCUUCGUGCUCCCAUCUUCAAUGGAAGUAACUACGAUUUCUGGAGAAUAAAGAUGUGCACAAUCUUCAAAUCUCACAAGCUGUGGGAUAUGGUUGAGAAUGGAUAUGAGCAAUCUGUUAAGAAGGAAGAAGGAGAAGCUCUGACUACAGCUCAAAAGCUUGCUCUGGAGGAGAAUGUUGCAAAGGAUGCUAAGGCUUUGGGACUAAUCCAAGGUGCAGUUUCUGACGACAUUUUUCCCAGGAUUGCACUGAAAGAGUCGGCUAAGGAAGCAUGGGAGAUCCUGCAACAAGAGUUCAGGGGUGAUAAGAAGGUGAGAUCUGUGAAACUUCAAGCUCUUAGAAGAGAAUUUGAAUACACUCGUAUGCAUGAUGAUGAAUCAUUAUCUGGAUAUGUCACUAAACUACUUGAGCUAGUAAAUCAAAUGAAGGCUUAUGGUGAAGAGUUAACUGACCAAAGAAUUGUACAGAAACUCUUGAUUAGUUUAUCUAGAGAAUAUGAUUCUAUUGCUGAAGUUAUAGAGGAAACAAAGGAUACAGAAUCUAUUGGGGUUCAAGAGGUUAUAGGCUCUUUAAAAUCUCAUGAACAACGGCUGCAAAGGCAUAAUGAGAGAGUGACUGAGAAGGCAUUCUAUAGUCUGAAUGUGAGUUCUAAAGAUCAAUCAAACACAGGGCAAGCAGGGAGUUUCAAGUCUAAAAAGAAUUGGAAAUCUCAGAAAGGGAAGAAGUGGGACUCAAAGUCUGAAAAUAAUUCCAAGAAGGACAGUCAGACUGAGGGCGGAAAGGUUCCUUGCAAAACCUGUGACAAGCUGCAUUAUGGUGUCUGUUGGUUCAAAGGUAAACCAAAAUGUUACAAAUGCGAGAAGUUUGGGCAUAUAGCCAAGGAAUGCAAAGGAAAAUCAGAUUAA